GUUUUUUUAUUUUCAUUAUUCAAUUCAACAACUCUUGACUCUGUCUCACUCUGACAUGUUUCCUUUUACUUCCCUCUUUCAGAAAAACAACCAGAAUCACAUCACAUGUAAUGUAACUGAACAACAAAAACCAAACCUAUGAACUGGAUAAUCAACGUGUGUGUCACAUAAUUUCUCACAGAUUUUCUUUUGGAUUCUUCUAUUCUGCAGCAAGUCAGAUAAAGACAGCGACUUUUUUGUUUGAUUUUGGGAUAUUUUCGAAUUGGGUUUUUGUUUUUGUUGUGUGUGGUUCCCUUUAAUCACUAAAAGGAAGGAACUUUGGGUUUGAAGAAGAAGAUGAGUUGGAGUAGGGUGUUGAAAUCUGCUCAGGCAUUUGCUGCUCAUACUUUUCUAUUGUGUUUCACCCUUUUGCUUCUUCUCAAACUUGAUCAUCAAAUUUCUUCAUCUUGGUGGAUAAUAUUUUCACCUCUUUGGAUGUUCCAUGGCGUUGUGGCUCGAGGGAGGUUUUCAUUACCUGCACCAUCAGCUCCACGUAAUCGACAUUGGGCGCCGUGUCACGCCGUUGUUGCAAUGCCAUUGCUCAUUGCGUUUGAAUUGCUCCUUUGCAUAUACCUUGAGAGCUUAUAUGUUCGUGGCUUUCCAGCAGUAGAUCUGAAGAUUGUGUUCCUCCCUUUACUAACAUUUGAAGUCAUUAUUCUCAUUGACAAUUUUAGAAUGUGUAAAGCUCUAAUGCCAGGGGAUGAAGAAAGAAUGAGUGAUGAAGCAAUUUGGGAAACUCUUCCUCACUUUUGGGUUGCCAUCUCCAUGGUGUUCUUCGUUGCUGCUACAGUCUUCACACUCCUAAAACUGAGUGGUAAUUCCUUUUCUAUACUGUUCAAUAGAUGGAUUUUCUUUUCAUUUACUCUACAUAAAUCCUGUCAUUAUUUCUUCUCUGAUACAGGCAGUGUAGCUUCUCUCGGUUGGUGGGACUUAUUUAUUAACUUCACUAUUGCCGAGUGCUUUGCGUUUCUUGUAUGUACAAAAUGGUCCAAUCCUGUCAUUCAUAGAAGUUCCAGAGAACCGAGUUCUUCUUCUUCUACUACAAUUAGAUAUCUUGACUGGAACAAUGGUUUAUUGGUUUCUUCAGAAGAAGAUCAACGUCAGGCGAGAAUCUGUACCCUGCAAGACAUAGGGGGCCAUUUCAUGAAAGUACCCAUUAUUGUCUUCCAGGUUCUUCUUUGCAUGCAUUUAGAGGGAACACCUGCUUUUGCUGCACAAUUACCUCUUGCAGUUCUUUUUUCUCCCCUUUUCGUACUGCAAGGUGUUGGCGUGAUAUUAUCUGCAUCUAAAUUUGUGGAGAAACUUGUGCUUCUUCUACGAAGUGGAGCCGGUGGAGGACUUUAUUUUAGAGUCUCUUCCAUAGCUCAUGAUUGCUUGGGAUUUUUGCACCAUGGUUCUAGAUUAUUAGGGUGGUGGUCAAUUGAUGAAGGGAGUCGGGAAGAACAGGCACGGUUGUACCAUGAGGGAGCAUCUGGGUAUAAUACAUUCAGUGGUUACCCUCCUGAGAUUGUUAAAAAAAUGCCUAAAAGGGAUCUUGCUGAGGAGGUGUGGAGACUCCAGGCAGCUCUUGGCGAGCAGACAGAAAUUACAAAAUACAGCCAACAGGAAUAUGAAAGACUUAAAAAUGAGAAAGUGCUGUGCCGAAUUUGUUUUGAGGGGGAGAUUAGCGUCGUUUUACUCCCAUGUAGGCAUCGUGUCCUUUGCAGCUUAUGCUCAGAGAAGUGUAAGAUGUGCCCAAUUUGCCGCAACUAUAUCGCAGAGCGCUUGCCCGUAUAUGACGUCUAAGCAUUAACUUGACCUACUUUUUUGUACACACAAGACCAUAGAAGAAAGUGACUAAAGGAAAGUGACAACAUGUUAUAUAUAACAGGGUGGAUGAAUACUUGGUACAGUUUUUGUUGUCGCGUUAAUUCAGCACCAACUUUUACAUUGUUUAAUACACAGCAAAGGGGUAGGAAGAAUAGAGCAACCAGUUGGUACUUUGGAUUUUGAAUUUGAUUUUGUUCUGCCUUUACUAAUUUGUAUAUAUAUAAUAGAUAUCUAGAGGCGUUAUAAAUGUUUGCGAUCAAUUUAAUGAAUGGUAGUGUACCCAACUUUUUUUUCCGGGUCAA